UUUAAAAUACUACUAAUCCCAAGAUUCUCGGAGUAGGUCCAUGAUUUCCGGGGAUAGCGUUGCCAGUGGGAAGGUGCUCGCAGGGGGACCUGUUGGAUAUGACGGGAGCUGAAAUCCUGUUUCACAUACGAAAUCAAAACAAACAGCCCAGGGUCUAAGGCAGAGAGCGUCCAGACGGCGGUAAACAGGGUAAUGCUUAAUGGAGACGCUCAUGAGUGCCGUGGCCCCGCGUGCACCAGUGCCGGUGAAGCGGGUGUCCGAGGUGGAUUUCCGCUCGGGCACGACACUUGAGCAGCUGUCUGCACAGGUGCAGGAGAUUGUGCAGAUGGAACAGGGGGAGUUUGGAGACCAGACUGCGCUCGAGGUGCACACGGCCAAAGACUUUAUCUUCAACAUGCUGGGACUGGUGCAGAAGGUAGACAAGCGACUACCAGUUGCCAAUGAAUACCUGCUGUUGUCAGGUGGGGCCAGGGAGGGUGUCCUUGACCUUAACCCAGAAGACCUAGGUGACUACGCCAGAGGUGUUGACUUUGAUUUGGACUUCACUUUAUUGGUGCCUGCUCUUAAGCUGCAUGAUCGCAAUCAGCCCGUAACACUGGAUAUGCGGCAUUCCCCAGCAUGUCAUUCAUGGCUGAGUCUACGCCUGUGUGACCCUGCAAUGUUGUCACGUUGGAGUAUCUGCUGUCAAGAUGAGAAUGAUAGAGAGAAGAAAGAUGAGGACGAUGUGGAGGAAGAAACUGGAGCUGUACAAGGUGCAAUCCCAUCCUUAUCUCCUCAAUCAUUAGAUGGAUGCUAUUUCUCACCUCUGUUGGUCGCUGACUGGUUUUGGAAUGUAGUUGGGAAGGUGGUGGAGGAGCUGCGGCAGAAUCCUCAAAGGGGUAUUCCCGUUCCUGAUCGUAUAGAGCGGAAUGGUCCACUAACAACGCUUAUUCUCACUGCAGGAACUAGCCGUAUCCUUUACGAUUUGAUUCCAGUAGUUUCAUUUCGUGGCUGGCCAGCUAUUGCACAGGGCUGGCUGACUACAAACCAUUUCUGGGAUGGUAAAAUAACCGAAGAGGAGGCUAUCAGUGGCUUUUACUUGCUUCCAUGCUGUUCGUCUGCUGCUAGUCCUUCUACCAGACCUGACCGCGAGUGGAGACUUGCCUUCUCCCGCAGUGAGGUUCAGCUGAAAAAAUGUGUACCCUAUCGAAUGGCACAGGCCUUCCAAGCUGCUAAAGCUGUUUUGUCAAGACUGUUAGCUCGACCUCGCACUGGCCUUAGCCUUUACCACCUACGUACCUUGAUGUUUUGGGCAUGUGAUCGCUUGCCUACAACCUACCUUAGCUGCCCAGAUCAUGAGACACCUUCCCGGCUGUUCCUUGGUCUUCUGGAUGACCUGGCACACUGCAUUCUAGGCAAAAACUGUCCCAAUUACUUCCUUCCCCAGUGCAACAUGCUGGAGCACCUGACAGAUGAUGCUGCCCUUUUGGUUGCACGGAAACUUGCACAUUUACGCUCAGAUCCUGCUGAGCACUUAAGAGCAGCAUUAGAGAAGACACGACAGGCGUACCAGCUCAAACGUGAGGCGGCGGCAACAACAAGCAAUGGGCACGGGUUAUCAUUGCCUAGGCAUGGUUAUGGUGCAGUGUCGCCACAAGAUGACCGGUUAGCACAGCGACUACAACAGUUGGUAACAGAGAACCCUGGCAAGUCCAUUUCAGUCUUCCUCAACCCAGAUGACGUUACACGGCCACAUUUCCGCAUUGACGACAAAUUCUUCUGAGUGGACUAAGCAGACACCACAAGGUUUACACACGUACAUAAAGAGGACAUCGUCAUGUCUCCGUUCUGCUGUAUAACACCAAAUCCUAAAAAAGUUGAAAGAGAUAGAUCACCCAAAAAUUUGAAUGAUUGAAAUUCUUUCAUCAUUCAUUAACCCUUAUGUCAUGCCGAACCUGUAUGACUUUCGUCAACCAAACAAUACUGGAACCCAUUGGCUUCCAUUAUAUAGAUACAAAACCACAGAGACAUUUCUCAAAAUAUUUUUUCUGUUUCACAGAAGAAAGAGUCAUGUGUAGGUUUUGAAUGACAUCCGGGUAAAUAAAUGUUGACAGAAUUUUGUUUAUAGGUAAACUAUCCCUUUAAAAAGUGAAAGUGACCUAUUAGUCAGAUAUGGUGACCCAUACCCGAAAUGUGACCUCUGCAUUUAACCCAUCCAGAGAGUAGUGAACACACGCACAGCAAGUGGUGAACACAUGUACACCCGGAGCAGUGGGCAGCUAUCACUGCAGCGCCCGGGGAGCAAGUAGGGGUAAGGUGCCUUGCUCAAGGGCACCUCAGUCGUUACCCGCCGGCCCUGGGAAUCGAACCGGCAACCUUCAUGUCACGAGUCCGACUCUCUAACCAUUAACCAUUGAUUUUAGAAAUGUCAGGGAGAACUGGAAUUGCAAUUUAGCAGAUUUUUUAUACUUUAAAAAUGAAUAGGCAUGAUUGAACAGCAUCCUUCUGAAAUCCCCAUGUGACGGACUGCACAUCAAGCAGACUGAAGCAGUGGUGGUGAUAUUCUUAAGGGUUUUAUGCUGGUUUUAGCCUGAUGCUCAAUACUACUGAGAAUUGAGCCUACACAAGUGCUGUAUUCCACUGUAAAGCCUGAGGGCAAUACAACAGGAAAACUAACUAGGCCAAGGAACAUUAUGAUGAAACCGAAUGUAAUUUUUUGUUGAGAAGUUUUGGAUCUAUUUAUCACAUAAUCUUGCUUGCACCCUUUCUCGGGUACUUUUUCUUUGUUUUUACUGGUGGUUUUUGAACUGUGCUUUACAGUAAGAGAUAAAGCAGAGCGAGAGAAUAAAACACAGAGAAUAUAUCUGAAACCCAGGCCUUGUCCUUCACACUGUAAAAAGCAGAGGUGGACAGUAACGAAGUAAAUUUACCUGAGUACUGUACUUAAGUACACUUUUUGAGUAUCUGAACUUUACUUGAGUAUUAUUUUUUAUGAGUACUUCUACUUUAACUGCACUACAUUUGAAAGACAAAUAUCAUACUUUUUACUCCACUACAUUUAUAAAAAGGUCCAAAAGUAGGUUUCUAUGCAGCGGGGUUUCCUGUGUGCGCAAUUUAUCUGGCUUGCGAUCUACCAGGACCCUUUAUUGUUGCCAAGUAUUUCAGUUUUUCUAAGCAGCUUUGAAUGGCCAUUUGGCAGAUUUUUUUAACGCAAAUCAGUCAAAUAUCGUAGGAACAUUGUCAUGAAAAUGAUCGGCAUAACGGCUAAACGGUAAAUAAGCAUCACAUACACCUUGAGCUACGCGUGCGUGUUAACUUCUGAUCUGCUGCUAUAUCAUUUAAAAUGAAUGAUGUUUUUACUGAAGUAACUAUAGUUGAAGUAUUCCUGUUGAAAUAAAAACAAUAGAACCCUGCCCAAAAUACAAUAUAAAAUGUAAUGGAUUUAAUGUUUAUAAUGGGAAUUGUAUUAUGGAUACUUGUUUUCUACUUGUAUGUGAUGGAUUCUAUUGUUGGGAUGGUAAAUCCUAUUGGAAUAAAACCCAAAACACACUACAAAGAGGAAUUUAAUUUAAAAAUCUCAUUCUAAUUAAAAAAUUCAUUGUUUUUUUCAGCAGGGAUGGUAUUUGCAGUAAAACUACAGUAUCGACAAAUUUACCAUUUUCUAUAUAUAGGAACCAUACUCCAAUUAAUAAUCUUUAGUAAAACCACAACAACUAAAAAUACCAGUUUCAUUAUACUAGCUAUAGUUUAUGUUUGUAGUUAAAUUAUGGUAAUACAAAUGGUAAUAAAUCCAACAAACACAUGGCUUCUACACUUUACUAUUUACAAGAACCUUACUACUUACUGGUAAAUUUCUGCUAAAACUGGUUAAGGGAAUAUACAAAAUAAAAUAACACUGCUCAUAAAUAUAUAUAGGCCUAGGGGGCUAAUGAGGAUAAUUAGGCUAAAUGAUCAUACAGGAUUAUAUCUAAACUAAACAUGUGCUAAACAUAUAAAGCUCUUAAAGUUGUUCACUGCAAAAUCACUGCACCCCAUUGACUUUCCAUAGGAAUAAAAAUUACUAUGGAAAGUCAAUGGGGGCAAAUUUUGAAGUGAACUACUCCUUUAAUACAACUGAUACUGUGAGCUACUCGGUGUAUUCAGUAGGUUGCUUCAGAGGCAUAAGGUAUACGACAAUAAAACAAUGCACAACUGACAUAAUGAAAAUUUACUUUUAAUACUUGAGUACUUUUAAAAGCAUGUACUUCUGUACUUUUACUUAAGAAUCUGUCUCUACAACUUUUACUUGUAGUGGAGUAAUAUUUGACCAGUAGUAUCUGUACUUUCACUCAAGUAAGGAAGUUGUGUACUUUGUCCACCUCUGGUAAAAAGCUGCUGUACAGCCUGUAGAAAUAAUCUUUUUAAACAGAAUAUUUUUUAUUCUAAACUAUUUUGUUUACUUUUAGAUAUCUAGGUUAGAGUGUGCCAAUGAUUGAGACAGAUUGUUUUAAAUUCUGGAUAGUGAUUGGUUGAGCUAAUGACACAGAUUUAGCAUCAGCUAAGUUCCAGAAUGUGCAUUUGUGAGAUUGCACUACUGUAAUGAGGUUGUGUAGUAUUUUGCUGCAGUGGUACUUUAUGCGUUAUGUCUGUCUUCUGUAUGCCAAGGAAAAGACACCAAAAAAAGUUCAAAGGACUGAUUAAAUCACAUUAAGGCAAAUGGAAAGGAUGUAUCUCUAUUGUAUAUUGUCAGGAUUUUACACUGUAUACCUAAACAUGCCUAUUUAGUGGGUGUAAAUGUUAUAAAAUGCUUGAAAUCAGUAUAGAUAAUAUUUGUAAUUUUGUGUUUGAGUUUUUCUGUGUAUAAUAUGGCCAUUGUUUUAGCACAAUGCCUGAUAUCUAAUAAACAGUGGUACUAUGCAAUUUCAGAGUUUUCAAAAUCUCUGUAAAAGAGAUAUUAAGACGUAUUAUCUGUGGUAAUAACCUUGACUGUUUUAUACAAUAAUAAUUAUUUAUUUGAGUAAAAUCAAUGUUCCUGCUUCAGGGCAUGAUAAAAUAUUUCUGAGACAUUUCAGGUAUAAUAUCUGUAAGAAACCAAAGUCCAUAAAUUUUCUUCCCAACUUUUUAAUGAUGCUCAUGUGGGCCCAGUGUUUCUUUAACAAACACAGUCCCUCAAGUCAUGCUGUAGUGUACAAAUCAGUUUUUUUUAAAUGAUUGUAAACAACAUAUUGUACCUCUCAAAUGAAUCAAAUAAUUUAAAUAAAAACAGAACAGAGUGUAUUUAAAUGGUACAAAUAUUUAUAUAUUUCAUAUAAUUUCUUGUGUGUGCCUCUAAAGGUUUUGUUUUCCUUUCGAGCGAGAUGUUUUUAUUUUAUUUGUGUGAUGAUGUUGGCUGUAGCAUGAA